AUGCCCACCAUCUACUCCUCCCUCUACCAGAAUUUCAUCCGUCAAGGAUUCGCGAAAUCUUUCACCAACGGCUACGCCCAGUCUGUCGUAGCUGCUACACACCCUAUCCUCAACACCCAGAACCGACCCUCAUUUGCGCGUCGGAACACCAACCGCUUUGGUCGUCUUCAAUCCCUCCAGCUUCAGUCCGCCUUUCACCACGAGCGGACAACUGCCGGCCUCUCUGACCACCGUCACGAGAAGCUUACCAGCAAGCAUGGAAGCUUAGACGCCUACUUCGAGGCUCUGCAGAAGCAGCAGGAGCAGGCCUCCGAAGAAGAUCUCGAGAACGAAUGGAGCCAAUUUCAGUUCCAGAGACAGAUUGAGUGGCAGCCCACACAAGCUUCUGUUCUCGAGUCCAAGACACACGAUGCCGAAGAACACGCCACAACACAAGAUGGAGAGACACCAUCAAACAUCCCUCCCGAGGCCCAGGCCGCCCUGGCCCAAAUUGACGCAGCACUCGAGAAAGAAAUCGAAUUCAGGAACCGCUUAGAAGCUUUGGAAGAGGCUUCAGAGCACUCCGUUCGAUCAGCUUCUCCCGCCGCUCGCUCAUACCACUCUCCGGCCCUCGACCGAUCCCGCUCACCUCUCAGCGCACGCACCGCGACUCCUCCCGUGGACCCCCAAUCCCAAGUUUACGCCGACCACCUCCAGCAUCUUUCCGAGGAUGGCCGCUACACAGAGAUCCCUGCAGUUUUCGAGGCCAUGCUCGUGGCUGGUGUCCAGCCCAUCUCCAGUGCCUACAACGCUCUGCUGGUGGCUGCCAUUCACCUCCCGGCGGCCAAGAAUGAGAUCGUUUCCAAGGCGCUGGAUGUCUAUGCUGACAUGCUCCGCCGCAAGGUGGUCCCUGACAGCGACACCUACAACAUCUUGGUCGGCCUUCUUGCUGCCCGUUCGCUCGAGGUAGCUGCUCUCAAGAAGUCUCUGGAUGACAAGCGUGUCCGCUUCGGUGGCAUGGACGAGCCUGGCAAGUUCAUGUUCGCCUCCCACGAGCUCGAGCAUGCCAUUCUUUCCGAGGAUGACAGACUUGACCUGGCCAUGAACAUGUUCGAGAAGUCCGUCCUUACCCAGAGGGCGUCUUACUCGGCUGAGUCGUACCACCAGCUCAUCUCCGCCUGCGCUCAAGCCGGACGUGUCGAUGACAUGCUUCGCCUGUACGAGCACAUGGAGCUGAACCGUGUUAGCCCUUUCGCCGCCAUGUUCCCUGCCAUGAUCACUGCCUUCGCCAACGCUGGUGAUCUCGUCAGCGCCGUCGAGUGCUACAACGAGUACAAGGAGCUCGCCAUUGCUAACGACAAGGGCGAGGCUACUCUGAAUGACCGUCUUGAUGCUGAGGUGUAUGCUGCUGUUAUCCACGCGUACAUCAUCUCGGAUAAGGUCGAGGGCGCCAUGAAGUUCUACGAGAAGAUCAUCAAGGAGUAUGAGGUUCGCGCUGGUGACAUCAAGGACGCCAUUGUCAGCUCUGGCUUUGUCAAGGCCUUUACUGACCGUGGCAUCUUCAACGAGGCCCUUCGCUGGGCACAGGUCGUUGAGGCCGAGGUCAGAGCGGACCCCAUGAGCAGCUUGGCGACCCGCGCUGCCGACCACGGUGACAAGCUCACCGCCAUUGCCGCUUUCGCCAAUCUUCCCGUCAACUUCCAGCCCAUUGCUACCCCUGCCAUGGCCCUUCUCGCUCUGAGCGUUCGCGAGGGAGACGUUGCCUCCGCCGCCCGCUACUGGCACAUUCUCUGCAGCCCUGAGACUGAGGUUACUGCGGCCUUCAUUGAGCCCACCGCCAUGUUCGCCAUUGCCAUGAUUGGCUCUGGUCAGGUUGCUGAGGGUCUGUUGCAGUCAGAGAUGAUGUUCCAGAGAAUUCGCGCCGCCAGCCCCGAGCAUGCGGAUGAGGUUGAGGAGGGUGUCGACUUUGUUCACCAGUUCAUGACCAGCCGUGGCAUCGUGGACCCUCGUGAGAUCGCCUCUCAGCAGAACUCUGUCUCUCCCUUCGCGUCCACUGCUACUGUUUCCAGCUUCGAGGACUCUUUUGACCCGUACGCGCACAACACGGACUUCAAGGGCUCCUCCCUCAUCUCUGAUGAGCUCGAGGGUUCUCACGGUCGUAAGGGACCCAAGCUCCAUGAUGCUCUCGCCCGGUUUCGCAACAUGCGCCGCGCUGGCCGUCACCCGCGUUACAUCACGUACGCCAAGCUGAUCUCCGCCGCUGCUCGUGAUGGCAAGAUGGAGCUGUGCAAUGACAUCCUCGCCAUGGCCCGUACCGACGUCCCUCUUCUCCUCCAGUACGCCGUUGUUCGCUACGGCUGGUCUUCCAUCCUUGACGCCAUGGUUGGUGCUUGUCUGACCAUGGGCAACCGCCAGAUGGCCGAACAGUACCACCAGGAGCUGCUCGCCAUGGGUGCCGCUCCUUCUGCCAACACUUUCGGUCUCUACAUUACCACCCUCAAGGAGUCCGCCAAGACCUUUGACGAGGCAACUGAGGCUGUCAAGAUCUUCCACCGUGCCAAGGCUGAGGGCGUUGAGCCCAGCUCAUUCCUGUACAACGCUUUGAUCGGCAAGUUGGGCAAGGCUCGUCGCAUUGACGACUGCCUGUUCUACUUUGCUGAGAUGCGCGCUCUUAGAAUCAAGCCUACGUCGGUCACCUACGGAACCAUUGUCAACGCCCUCUGCCGAGUCAGCGACGAGAAGUUUGCUGAAGAGCUGUUUGAUGAGAUGGAGGCUAUGCCCAACUACAAGGCCCGCCCCGCUCCUUACAACAGCAUGAUGCAGUUCUUCCUGACUACCAAGCGCGACAAGGCUAAGGUUCUGGCCUACUACGAGCGCAUGAAGACCAAGGGCAUUGCCCCCACGGCGCACACCUUCAAGCUUCUCGUCGAUACCCACGCCACUCUGGAGCCCAUCGACAUGACUGCCGCCGAGGCUGUUCUCGAUGCCAUUCGUGCCUCUGGGCAGAAGCCUGAGCCUGUUCACUUCGCUGCUUUGAUUCACGCCCGCGGCUGCAACCUUCACGACAUGGAGGGCGCCCGCAAGGUCUUCGACUCCGUCAUGGCAGACCGCUCCGUUACCGUCAAUGCCAGCCUCUUCCAGGCCCUGUUUGAGGCCAUGGUUGCGAACCACAAGGUUGCCGACACCGAGGCAGUUCUUGGUCAGAUGCGCCGUCGCGGUGUUGAGAUGACGCCUUACAUUGCCAACACGCUGAUUCACGGCUGGGCUGCCGAGAAGCAGAUUGAGAAGGCGCAAGCCAUCUACAACUCGGUCGGCCAUGAGAAGCGCGAACCCAGCACGUACGAGGCCAUGACCCGCGCCUUCCUCGCUGUCGAGGAGCGUGAGAAGGCCAAGGGCGUCGUUGGCGAGAUGCUUUGCCGUGGCUACCCCAGCGCUGUCGUCAACAAGGUGCUGGAGCUCCUCGGCGGUGGCGGUGGUGAGGAGGCUGCUGUUCAAAACUGA